GCUAGAAACAAACCUACAUGGCCAAUUCGACGUUUGGGUGGUCCAGAGCGCAGGCCAAGUGCUAUGGGGAAGGUAUUUCAGUGGCGUAAAAUUAACUUGGAAAAAUCGACUAACCCGCAUCCCUCAGGCAUCUCCAGUGCUACUAAGAAUGCUCGUCGAGUGCGUUUUUAGGACACUGCGGACCAUGAGCACAAGUUCCAUCAAGGCCAGGUGUGACAUACAAGCUCGUGUCCGAUGCGUAUGCCAGGUUCAAAGAAAGAGCGGUAGCUUGGUCGGGUCGGGAUUCCCCUCCCAAGAGACCAACAAGCAAAAGAGAGUGGAAGUUAAAGAGAGUGGAAUGCAUGAUUACUAUGUUACAUGUGCUAGGGCUAUAUCAUCUCGACAUUUUAUAGUGCACAGGCGCGCAUCUAUUGGUGGACCCCCAAAGAAACAGACCUUCCAAGACACGAGGGAAAAUGACCAAAAGAUAAACAAUCUAUGCCCUUCCACGGACGGGGUCUCUUAUACAUACCCCACAAAUUCCGUACGGGUACCCAGUUCGAAAGUUUCAUACGAUCAAAAUGCAAGGGAGAUGGCUGUAGCGCUACAAGAAGUUGUUGCUGCAAUUAGGAGAAGCCCCAACCUGCUACCAUAUCAUAGCUCACCAUUUAAUUAG